UCUGUAGAGAGAACACACACACACACACUGCUAUUGUUUAACACGUGCCCUGAGCAGUGGGCAGCCAUUGUUGCAGCACGAAGGGAGCAAUGAGGGUUAAAUGCCCAACAGGGCCCAAAACCGGACAUCAAACCCACAACCUUGUCAUUGAUGGCCCGCUGCUCUAACUGCUGAGCCACCACGACCCCACAUUAUGCAGUCAUGAAAAUUUAGAGGCUACAUUUUUGUGCUAUUUUUGAUUUGAUUUUAAGAAUAAAGAAAAAUUCACAUUUCUGUGAAUCGCAAAAUAUCCUGGUCGACUGUCUAUAGGUUAGGCUUAAAUUUCUGUGUUCAUGUCUUUGUACUUUCUGACCAGGAAAACUCUGCCCUUCCUGCUUAAAUUCUCUUCUGAGAAAAAGAGGAACACAAGAUCAACCUCCAGCUCUACUGCACUGCUACGCACCUUAUUGGCUGAGAAGGAUCAGUGUGUGUGUGUGAGGGAGUGUGUGUGUGCGUGUGUGGGAGCCUGCUUGUGUGUCCUCUAUAAAGCAUGCUGCUCUGCAGUAUUUCUGAACUGGUGCAGUGCCGGUUCAUCUCCACCGAUGGUGUGCAGAACAAGGGGGACUUAGAAAAAAAAACUUCUCAACCAAAAAAAAACAACCCUUCAUAAUAACAUAAUUUAACCAAAAAAGAACAAAAAAAUCCUGCAUCAUGAGCUACGAUUCUUUCAUUCCCUCCUCCAUCCUGUUCCGAAGAUGGGACAACCACUCCAGCACCUCCCGCUUCUCUCAGACCCCCCUCUCCUCCUCUUCCUCUCGGCGGCUGCUGAAGUCGGAACCGACUGGGCGCUGGGAGAAGAAUGACAUGCCCGUGGUGUGCUCCGAGCUGCUGGGGCUGAGAGCUCAGGAGAGGGAGCAGCUUGUGGGACUGAACAAUCGCUUCGCCUCCUACAUCGAGAAGGUGCGGCGCCUGGAGCAGCAGAACCGGGCACUGCUGUUGCAGCUGGAGGCCCUGCGGCGUGGGCAGAGUCAGCCGUCCCGCCUGCAGCAGGUCUACCAGCAAGAGGUGAGGGGCCUCCAGGAGCAGCUGCGCCAGGAGGCCCAGGACAAGGCACGCAUGGAGGCACACAGGGAUGAGGUGCAGGAGGCACAGGCACAGCUGCGGGAACGCUGGGAGGAGGAGGUGAGGAGGCGAGAGGAGGCCGAGGAUGAACUGCAGCGUGCCAGAGAGGAGGCAGAAAGGGCAGUACUUUGGAGCUACGAUGCUGGGAUCAGUGUGGCCUCACUGGAGCGGGAGCUGACCUUCCUGAAGCAGGUGUUCGCUGAGGAGCAAGAGGGGCUGCGGGUGCAGCUGCAGGCUGCCAGCCUCAGCAUCACCCUUGCCGCAGAGCCGGACUUGAGCAGACCAGACCUGUCAUCUGCUCUGAGGGAGAUCCGCACUCAGUACGAGAGCCUGGCCAGGCGCAACCAGCAGGCAGCCGAGGUGUGGUUCCAGGGGAAGGUGGCCAGUGUGGCACAGGUCGCUGACAAGCAGGAGGAGGCAGUGCGCUCGGUGCGAGAGGAGACAGCGGAGUACCGGAGGAUGCUCCUGUCCUGCUCUGCUGAAGUGGAGACCCUGAAGAAUGUCAUCAACUCGCUGAACGAACAACUGAGGGAGAUGGAGGAGACACAGGGCAAGGAAGUGGCCAAGUAUCAGGUGAGGAUAAGUGAUCUAGAGAAGGAUAUCGCAGAGGCCAAAGAGGAGAUGGCAAGGUACCUGAAGGAAUACCAAGACCUACUGAAUGUGAAAAUGGCUCUGGACAUCGAGAUUGCGGCCUACAAGAAACUGCUGGAAGGAGAAGAGGUUCGUCUGACGUAUUAUUCCCUUCCAGCUUUGGCUUAAGCCCCAAACUACAAAGCUCUUACCCUAAGAACCGUCAUCAACCGUUACCAUUGCUCCUUUACUUGUGCUAUCAACAAUUCUGCCCCAAUCCCUUAAAAUCCUGCUCCCUAACAUCUGUCCCCUACUUACACUAAAUACCCAUCUAUUGUCUCUCACAUCCACACCCAACUCAUACCUCUUAACCAAACCUCUAACCCCAUAUAACCCAUUACUGACCAUUUAACCUCAGUCCCCUUAGCACCUGAACCAAACUCCAAUACCCAAACUUCAGACAUCUUACCAUCACCUUUAAGUCCAUGCCCAACCUGCAUUACUGCAUUGAAGACAAACGAGCCCUUGUGUUAAACAAGAGGUACACCAUGACUGUCCCCCUUCUUCUUCACACUCGAAAUGUAAGAAGAUGGCCCCAAUGGAGAGAAAGCUGACCGCAGCACUUGCCCAGACAAAGAUCAAUAUCCUGUUGGCAAAUUUUCAGUCCUCAGUUCUUAGAAAGUGCCAAUCAUGACUGGCCUUCAAGCUUUAAGCCCCUUCUGCACAAACUGUUAACCAAUUGUUUGUGGAGGUGGAUUCCUCUGAAAACCUCUCUUGAUUUAGGCACUGGAAAAACAACUGAAGCCUUUUUCCCCCUCUUUGAAUUUCAGUCUAGAAUCUGCCAACAGGAUAUUGUUUUCUACAUCUAUAACUGUAGUGACUAUUAGAAGUUAAUAGCCUGUUAGAAGUAGAAUUUUCAUUGAGAGCCAUGGCAAUUCAUUUGCUUAUGAGUUUUGUUUUCUUAUUUUUCUCUUAUAUUGUAACCUUUGGUUGAUUAUUGAAA